UCCUCACUCGUCUCUCUCAACUUGACCUCUAUAUCUGUGUCUUGUCCUCUCUCUUUCCCUAUCUAUCUCUCAAGUCUCAAACCCUAGAGGGAAGUGUUAAAAGACGAGAAACCUUCCACUAUUUCCAAAGUCGUGAAAUCAGCAGAGAUUAUCUCUUUAUUUUUCUCUCUCACACAUCCAAAAAACUUCACGAGUCCCCAAGGAAGAAAAAAACUCUAUUUCCAAAGAUGAAGAACAAUAACAACAAAUCUUCUUCUAGCUAUGAUUCUUCUUUGUCUCCUUCUUCUUCAUCUUCUUCCCACCAGAACUGGCUCUCAUUUUCUCUCUCCAACAACAAUAACUUCAACUCUUCCUCAAACCCUAAUCUCGCCACCUCCACAUCUGAUCAUCCUCACCCUUCUCACCUCUCUCUCUUUCAAGCUUUCUCCCCAACUCCAGUUCACCGGCAAGAUGAGUCACCCGGAGCUUCCAGCGGCGAUGCCACAGCGGUUCUUUCCAUGUACCCUGGCGGGCCAAAACUCGAGAAUUUCCUCGGCGGUGGAGCCACAACGACGACAGGACAAAUGCAACAAGGUCAAUCUCUCGGCGACGUUGUCUUCUCUUCGAGCGUAGAGCAGCCACGUCAUCCUCCGUCGGCCGCCGAGAUCUAUGACUAUGAGCUCAAAUCCAUAGCUGCUAGCUUUCUCGGGAACUAUUCAGGUGGACACUCAUCGGAAGUAUCUAGCGGACAAAAACAACAAAACUCUACAACUGCCACAGAGGUUUCCCCGACGCCAAAGAAGAAUGUAGAGAGUUUCGGACAACGUACUUCGAUUUAUAGAGGGGUCACAAGGCAUAGAUGGACUGGAAGAUACGAAGCUCAUCUAUGGGAUAACAGUUGCCGAAGAGAAGGCCAAAGCAGAAAAGGAAGACAAGUUUAUUUAGGUGGUUAUGACAAGGAAGACAAAGCUGCUAGAGCUUAUGAUCUUGCAGCUCUUAAGUAUUGGGGUCCUACAACUACUACGAAUUUCCCAAUAUCGAAUUAUGAGCUUGAACUUGAAGAGAUGAAACACAUGACUCGACAAGAGUUUGUUGCUUCUCUGAGACGGAAAAGCAGUGGGUUCUCUAGGGGUGCCUCCAUGUACAGAGGUGUUACUAGACAUCAUCAGCAUGGUCGAUGGCAGGCACGAAUUGGAAGGGUUGCAGGAAACAAAGACCUUUACCUUGGCACAUUCAGCACUCAAGAGGAGGCUGCAGAGGCAUAUGAUAUAGCGGCUAUUAAGUUCCGUGGGCUAAAUGCAGUAACAAACUUUGAUAUCAGCCGCUAUGAUGUCAAGUCGAUCGCUAGCUGUAACCUCCCCGUGGGUGGACUAAACUCUAAACCAUCUCCAGUAACCCCAGCCCUUGACAAACAAGUUGAUAUAUCUCCAUCUGAUCCUCCAUCUCUGACCACACCAUCACUCAUCUUCAACGUGGCAACACCGGUCCAUGACCAUGAAGGAACUUUUUUCCACAUGAUCAAACAAGACCCAGCUGCUCAUUACUGGUCUAACGUUUUUGGAUUCCCGCCAAACCUGAAAACCGAGACCCGACCAGUAGCAACCUUUGGGUCAGAUCUUCACAACUCCUCUUCGGGAUUUCCUAUAAUGCCGGUAAUGCAAGACGAAGGAAACAACUUUGGUGGUGGGUUUGUUGAGUCAGAAGGGUAUAACAAUCAUUCAGCUGCAUCAAGUCCUGUCUCAGCAAUCCCUCUGCCCUCAACGGUAGAUGACGGUAACGCAGGAUAUGGUGGGAACAUAAAUUGGAUAAGUAACAACACUCCAAAUUCUUACCAAACUGCCAAGUCAAAUCUCUCCGUCUUGCAAACUCCGGUUUUUGGAUUGGAAUGAGCUCUCAAACUUAUAUUAGUGAGUACCAAAGAAAAGGUUGUAGGAUAAUAAAGAACGGCGUUGUUUGAAAUGGGAUAUUCUCUUGUUAGAUUAUUUAAGUAGUUUUCUUAAAGAUAUUUUCAAGUUUUUUGUUUUCACUUUUA